AUGCGAUUAAAAUAUUGUAAAACAAUUUUAGAAGCCCAGGCUAGCGAUAGUCCCGUAGCGGAUAUAAGCUGGUCUCCAAAUAAUGUAAAACUCGCUGUAGCUACAUCCGAACGUCUCGUUUUGUUAUUUGACCAAGAUGGAGUGCGACGUGAUAAAUUCAGUACUAAGCCAUCAGACCCUGCGGCUGGAAAAAAAUCUUACGUCAUAACAAGUUUGGCGUUUAGUGACAAUUCUGAAUUACUAGCUGUAGCACAAAGCGAUAAUAUGGUUUUUGUAUAUCGAGUGGGGGCGGAGUGGAGCGGCAAGAAGGUGAUAUGCAACAAGUUUCCCCUCACUGGCGCACCAUUACGUCUGUUAGCGGGAGAGAAUGGCUUUUAUACCGGCACAAGCGAUGGUAAAAUUAGGUCGUUAGAUUGUAAAACCAACAAGAGUUCAGGCUUAUGGUCUGCGGGUUCGUGUUGCGUGGCUCUCGCCAAAAGCAAUGGCACUGAGGUGACGUUGGCCUCGGGUCACGUGGACGGAACACUUUAUCUUAACGGGCGUUUGUUGCUUCGAUACGCCCUACCUCCUACCGCAUUAGCAUUGUUACCACCUUAUAUUAUAGUAGGUUCAUGCGACGGACGCAUAUCGGUGUAUGAAGCGCAGCGCGGAGCACUAGUGCGCAACUUGGAGCCUGCCCUACCUCCUGACCGAAGAGAUUUGAUAACGGCCGCGCUUAGUCCGUCUGCUCAGACAAUAGCAUUCGGAAUAUUUGACGGAUGUUUAAUAGGAGAAAUAAAAGAAUCAGGGACUUUGGAGCUGUCGACGUUGAACAUAUCCAAUUUGUACGCCGCAAGAGCGUUAGCUUGGAGUGGCGACGGUACCAAGUUGGCCGUUGCUUCGCAGACAGGAGCCGUGUUGCAAUUUGAAGCGGUCCUUAGGCGCUGGACGUGGCGCGACGCGGUGGAGGUGCGGCACGUGAGCGCGCGCACGCUGCUGCUGACGCGCGUGGCGCGCGACGCGCCGCCCCUCACCGUCACCACUAAGCUCGCGAGUGACAUCUUUAAUGUUAGGUUUAUUGGUAACGAUUGGUAUGCGGUGUGUCGGACAAGUAACAGUUUGAUACUCUGUGAUAUUGCACGUAGCCUGACCAGUGAGAUCCCUUGGAGCGGUUCCGGCGAGCGCGUGUACGCGGCGGUGGGCGGCGCCUGCCUGCUGCAGCGCGCCGGCUCGCUCAGCGUCGUCGAGUACGGGCUCGACCGCGUGCUGCAUACGGUGCGCACAGAAAGAGUGAACCCUCAUGUGCUGAGCGUCCGUAUCAACGAAGGCCAAAAGCUGGAGGGCGAGCGCAAGCACCUCGCGUACUUGCUCGACAGGCAGACCAUAGCUGUCGUAGACCUUGUCACAGGCAACCAGGUGGGCCAGUGGUGGCACGAGGCGCGCGUGGACUGGCUGGAGCUGAACGAGAGCGGGCGGCUGCUGCUGCUGCGCGACACGCGCCGGCGGCUCGCUCUGCUGCGCCUCGGUACCGGGGAGAAGGAGAUAAUAGCGAGUGGUGUAAGCUUCGUGCAAUGGAUAGAGAAUAGCGACGCGGUUGUAGCUCAAACUCCUACUCAUAUACUUAUCUGGUACAGCGCCUGGGAGUCGCAGUGCGUCGAGAUGGCGGAGUGCGGCGGCGGCGCGGCGCUGCGCGUGAGCGCGCGCAGGGUGGUGCUGGAGGGCGGCCAGCUGCAGUACGUGGAACUGGACGAACAUCGGCUUGCCUUUAGUGUGUUGACUUACCCUGACUUCGCUUACGGGCAUACAGCAAUUCGCAGUGGGGAUAUCGAAGGCUGCGCGCAGUACUUGGACGGCGUGGGCAAGAGUGCCGACGUGGCGUCGUUAUGGAGACAGCUCGCUGAGCAAGCCCUAAAUAACAAAGAUGUACAGUUGGCUGCCAAAUGCUAUAGAGAGGUGGGUGAUGAAGCAAGAACAUUUUAUUUGGAUAAAACUGUUGAGUUAGCUGCAGCUGAAGGAGAAGGCAAUAUUUCAGAAGGUUUAAGCAGUCCAAUAGUAGAAGCUCGUCUGGCAAUAUUCAAAGGGGAUCUAGCGGGCGCGGAGGAGUGCUACGUGAGGAAGGCCAGUCAGCCGGAGCUAGCCAUCGGCAUGUACAAGCAGUACAACCGCUGGACCGACGCUAUAGCGCUCGCGGACAAGGUGGAUAGAGCAGCUGUUGCCACUUUGAAGCAACAGUACAUGGAUUAUUUGAUUUCUACCGGU